CAGAGACGUUUAAAUAACAGUUGACCCGGUGUCAAUGGUGUACCAGAGACAUCUCUUGAAUUGACAGAUUCUUUCCAUUAUAUUCAUCAUCAUGGCUUCUGAGACAGCAAACCCUCGGGACAAACUCACCAUGGCAACCGUGGAGGAUAUCAAUGCUAAGCAGAAUAUAUCCUUUCCUGGCUCUCCAUCAACCUUCCUGCAAACCCUGUGGCUCUUCUCCUACAGCGACCUCCCCAUCCUUGUCUUCCCAGUAACCUGCUUUGGGAUUCUGGCUGCCCUCUCAGGCCCUCAAUUAACAACCAACCCAUCCCCAAACACAUACUCGAUCCUCCUCCGCACGCCACUAGUCAUUCUCUUUGCAUGGCUGAACGUCCUCGUCCUCGAAGUCGCCAACCAACGCCUCCCCGAAUCCAUCAUCGAAGAUAGACACAACAAACCAUGGCGGCCACUACCAAGUGGUCGACUUACGCCUACCCAGGCUAGACACUUUCUCAUUGCCAUCAUGCCGGUCGUGCUGGCGAUUACGUACACCAUGGGUGUGUGGAAGGAAACUGCCCUUCUCUACAGCCUUGAUUGGAUGUACAAUGACCUUAACGGGGCGGAUGAUAGCUUCAUCGUUCGUGAUAUGCUUAAUAGUGUUGCUUUUGCGGUCUACCAUAUGGGAGCACUGCGUGUGGCGUGUGGCUUGCAUCACGCCCCCAAUACCACUGCCUUUAUAUGGAUCGCCGUCAUUAGCGGUGCUGUCUUCUGCACGGUCAAUCUCCAAGAUAUGAAAGACCAGGAGGGAGAUGCCGCGAAGGGCCGAAAGACGGCUCCGCUGGUUAUCGGCGAUGGACCUGCACGGUGGAAUAUUGCCGGCUUUAUCACUAUCUGGUCUCUUGUUUGUGUGUUUAUCUGGGAUGUCAACUGGGUUGGAUGUGUAUUGCCUCUUGCUGUCGGUUCCUUGAUUGCUGUCCGGGUGUUGUGCCUGAGGGAUCGAAAGUCGGAUCAUAAUACGUUUCUGAUGUGGAGUGCUUGGCUGUUGUGUGUUUAUCUUCUGCCUGUUGUGAAGGAGUAUAUGGGGUGAGUCAUACACGG